AUGCCGCUAUGGAUGUGCGAUUUCGAAAAUUGUUGCCGACCAGCUGUCCGCAAAUCGGGUGACUGUCUGCUCUGCAACCGCCAUCUAUGCUCGAUUCAUCUGCUGCCCAGCCACCAUACAUGCCCUCAGUGGAAGGAUGAAGAUGCAUAUGAUCCUGCGGCUGGAGUGGCCAAAGAGAAUGAACUCGAGGCGCUCAUUGCUAGAAUCAACAUCCGUGCUCUUGAAGACAAAGCUACUCAUUUGCGGCAUGGUAUAUCUUGCUCCAUCACCCCUCUUACUAGCCAUGACGUGAAUUCCCUGAUGGGAGGGAUGAACUGCCAUGUCGAAAUUCGCUUUAGUGAUGGAAUGAUAUGGAUCGCUCGUAUCCGAAGGUCUAAUAGUAAAUCCCCCUCACCGGCAGUGAGAGACUAUAUUAUCCAGAGUGAGGUUGCGACGCUCAAAUUCCUUCAUCAAACGAAUGUACCUGUUCCCAAAGUCUUUGAUUUUGCGCUUGAGCAACCAGGCAACCCGGUUGGUGUCGGCUUCAUCCUCAUGGAGAAGCUACAGGGCAAAGCUCUACAAUGGGACACUACAACUCAAGAACAAAAGAAAAAGGUCAUGCAGCAAAUGACAGACAUUUUCAUUGAGCUUCACAGAUACCCUUUCACUCUACUUGGUUCGUUUAAUAAUAACGGCACUAGUAGUGAACCUCAGGUAGGUGCAAUUGCCCACGAGCUGCUCAUGGACUUUGAGCACUCGAAAAUGCGCACCAUUGGGCCCUUUUCUUGCCCAGAGCAGUAUCACUAUUCUUUGCUUCAAAAAAUCCUGAGUAUGAUUGUACAAGAAGAGAUGUAUUCUCAAGUGGCAGUCGACGCCUACUUAAUACACAUAUUUCUCAUCGACCUGGUUCCAUUAGUGACCUCGUCUUGCUCACAAAAUAGCGAUACGUUUUUUUAUCUAAGGCAUACGGAUGAUAAAGGAGACCACAUACUGGUUGAUCAAGAUUUCAACAUCACCGGAAUUAUCGAUUGGGAAUGGGCCCAAACCGCUCCAGCCUUUCAAGCUUUUAAAUCGCCAACAGGAUUCUUGCCAGUCCAAGAGUUUUACGAUGGCAGCAACGAUCUUGGAGAUGACGAGAUUGUCUUUGCCCGCCUUUUUGAAGAAAAAGGCCGACAGGAUCUUGCCGACUGCGUAUGGAAGGGUCGGCUCCAGCAUAGAUUCGAGUUCUGUUGCGGAUACGAUCUCGAAGACUGGGAUGGCUUUGUAGGCCUUUUUCAGGGCCUUCGCGAUGCAGCGGCAGUUGACCAGGGAUUGGAAUGAGAGGAGUGGAAGGCCGUGGCAUUACAACGCUACAAGGAUGAUUCUGGGC